AUGACCGUUGCCGGAGAGGAGGAAGCCUAUCCUAACCGUCCCACGGCGACGAUUUUGCUCGACGAUCGAGCCGGCUACCGAUCCAAGCGUCGUCCUCUGCGAGCGUCUCGUGGGGCAGGAAACUCGGCGGGAAUUUUUUAUCUUCGUUGGGUGGCUGCUUUAUUUACGACGGGCUCUUCGUCGCGGCUAUUUGAAUUAAUAACAUCGCGUUUCCCUCGGCUCGCGGAGAUUAAUAGCAGCCGAGCGAGUUUCCUGCCCUCGGAUCGUCCCGCGGAUCCCACCACGGACUCAACCGGCUGUGCACUUGGACCCGCAUCGACGUCCUCCGCGUCAUUGGGAUCCGACUCGCGACGCCCUUCGGGUCACUUUCGACGUCCGGGACCGGCGAUGCGCCCGACUGCGCGCCUUCUGGACACUCGGGCGGCCCUAAUCGUCCUUGGAUUCGAGCCCUUAUGGCCUAUAGCGCUCAUACGAUCGCUCCCAUGUCCAUGGGAGGGACAACAGCAACGGCAACAACAACAACAACGGCCGACAUGCACGCACAGCGAUUGCAAAAAAAGGAAGAGACCGAGAGAAGCAGAGGCUGAAAGAGAGAGGAGGAUACGAUAGGGGUACGAAACGCGAAACACACGGCGAUGUAUAUAUACGUAUACCCCAUCGACACCGAAGUCUGUGUAACGAGCGAGCAAGAGGACCCGACGCCGCCGAUCCCCAGGUAGAGGUAGAAAUCGAGAAGGAGUGAACGCGGGAGAAGCAGAGGGAGCAACUUCGAAGAGGCAUUUGCGUUGUAACCGAGAAACGAGCAAAAAGCGAACGCGUGCGCGCCAGCGACCAAACGACAGAGAGACAGAAGCAAAGAGAGGAAGAGGGAAACAUCGAGGGGGUGCAAGCGAACCGAGGGGAUCCCUUUUGUAUUUUCCCGUUUCUUUCGUUCUCUGUGCCACGCGAAAUUUAAUUACCUCGCGCCAGCCGCCUCUACCACUUAAUUAGCGCCCUAUAAAUUAGAAUAUCACCGUGGCCAGAAGAGGGUGCGCUAUACACGCGCCUUCCACGAAACAAUGCUUGACCGCGACUACUCGCGAAACGAUUGCUAAAGUUCGUUUCCUCGAAUUCUCGGAAUUUUUUUAGUCAUCAGACGCGAUUUCGUUCGAAGACCAAGGCGAACCUUGAUUCGCGUUGUUUAGGAAACGAGCUUCGCUCGAGGGUUUCCUUUUUCGCGCUGGUUUUGUCGCGAGACCUCCAACAUGGAGAGGUACAGGCGCGCUUCCAAGUCGCGUGGCUCCAUAUCUUAGGACGAAGCCAGGGGGGGGUCCGGCGAAGGACAGGGAACGAGGACUAACGCCGUUUUAUCGUGUAGCCAAUUAAUAACGUUUCCUUGCUCGCCUCCGACUCUUUUUUCCUGUCUCUUCGCUUUUGUCGCCAACAAGAGAUCUCUCCUUAAAGAUAUCUCCGGACUGUUUGGUAGCUACGGAAGGUAGGCGAUAUCAGACCCGUAGCUAGCGAUCGGCUUCGAAUAUAAAUUCAACACGGAGAAAGUUUCGAAUCGUUUCGGGUUUAAUUCGAUUCUUUAGAGUGUCGAAAGCCUUGAAUGUCUUGAAACUCUUGAAACACUUGAAACAUCGCUGAUUCUUGAAAGUCAAGAACAUGUAACAGUAUGCAAAUGAUAGGUAUGAAUUAAAAAAUUACUCUAUGCGCAAUUAACGACGGUAAACUGUGGGUGUUUAUGCAAAUAUACUUAAGUUUUUAUAAAAUGUUUUCACUCUUCGAAUGAUUCGAUGCGUCUUAAUCCACACACAGUUUGCAUAUUUUGCACUUUUGAAUAAUUUAUUUCGCUCCUUUUUUCUACACGUAUCACAUAAUUUACAUAUUUUUUGCUUGCUCUGAUAAACUAUAAACGCGAAGGCAUCGAUAAUCUAUCGAAGAGUUUCAAGAGUUUCUCGACUUUUAGGAUUCGAAUGAGAUUCGAAGUAACUCGAAUCCCGCCUGUAUCGCUUUCGAAUAAGAAAGAGUUUCGAAUACCGCGGUUCGAACGAGCAGAUUAUAUAGAUUAACCGGUGUCUGACAAUUAAGAGGGAUAUUUU